UUACUGUGCCUGAAUAGCUGAUGACGUAAUAUCUUCCUAAUUUCUACGAAGCUGCGAACUACGCAUGUAUAAAAUCCAUCACGAUAUUAACAUAUCACAAGUCCGGCAUUUAAAAAUAUUAAAAGAAAACAUUAAUAUAAAAUGAUGCCGCUACACGGAAUCGCCUCGGUGUGCGUCUUGACGCUCUUGAUAGCAGACGCUGCCGUUAUCCAGAAACCGAAUCCGAACGAUAAAUCUGUGCAUUAUCGGCUCCCUAAUCAUACCCGACCACUGCUGUAUGAUCUCAAAUUAAAUCUACAUCUCGCGCCGGACAACUUCACGUUUGACGGCGAGGUGCUCGUGGACAUCGAGAUUCUGAACAGGACGAGAAUCCUCACGCUGCACUCAAAGAACUUGAUGAUAGAUGAAAACGUGACUCAUUUAAGGGUGAAAACCGGAUUCGACUUUUACAUUCCCGUCACGUACGACCAUAACAAUCUCACCGAAUCGCUGAGCCUUGGUUUCGAUGAGGAGCUGCCCAUCGGAUAUUACAUCUUAUAUCUGAGAUUUGUUGGUGCACUGAACGACAAACCAUACGGAUUCUAUAGAAGUUCCUACACCGACGAAGCAGGCAAUACAGUAUGGUUCGCCGGGACCAAUUUCAUACCGACCCACGCGCGUGCUGCCUUCCCGUGCUGGGACGAGCCGGCGUUGAAAGCUACUUUCAAGAUUGCCAUCAAGCACCGGUACGAUUACACAGCCAUCUCGAACAUGCCAGUUUUCGAAGUGUCAGAGAUCGACGAGGACGACGGAAAGGUGUGGACGUAUUUUGGAGAAUCGCCCGUCAUGUCAACGUACCUGGUCGGCUUUCUGGUCUCCGAUUUCCGUAAUAUAAGCAACUCCGAUGACACCAUCAACGUCUGGGCCAGAAGCAGCGCAAUUUCCUCGGUUGGUUUUGCCCACGAGGUCGCUCAGAAAGCGGCGAUCGAACUGGAACGAUACACCAACGGCUCCAUCCGGGUGCCGAAAGUCGAUCACGUUGCGCUUCCUGGCCUAUCGAAUAAGGAAGUGCAAAGUUGGGGUCUUGUCACUUACAGGGAAGCUAUGAUGCUGUACAAGGGCAAUAGUAAUCCAAUAGAGGCGUAUAAAAUUGCGGACAGCAUUACUUUUCAGUCGAUCCAGCAGUGGUUCGGUAAUGUUGUUACCCCGUCGUGGAACAAUGUAUGGCUGAACGGAGGUAUCAUCGAGUAUCUCAAACAUUACAUCAUCGAUAAGAUAUAUGAAAAUUGGCAGUUUAAGCAGUUUUUCUUAGUCAGAGUGCUGCAUAUAAUGCUUUUCGUCGAUAGCACCUUUGAUACGCAGCCUCUCAAUAUGAAGCUGAAUACUGUCGACGAAAUUAGUUCGAAGUUUCAUCCGUAUUCGUAUGAGAAUCGCAAAGCUUCUCUAUUUUUGCGGAUGUUGUCACACUGUCUUACCGAGGAAGUAUUUCAUGCGGGACUCAUUAAAUAUCUUAACAAACACAAGUAUAGCGUGGCCGAGCCUGAAGAUCUGUGGUCUGCUUUGCAAGAUGCAUUGGACGAAUCAACGCUACCCAAAAAAAAAUUCAAUGUUCAGGAAGUAAUGGACACCUGGAUAGGGCAGAAGGGAUAUCCGCUCGUAACAGUAAUUAGAGACCAGCAAACGGGAAAAAUGGCUUUCACGCAGGAAUCCUUCCGACCGUACGAAAACUUUUAUUUUAACGCACAAAAAAAUACCAGCAAGAUGGACGUCGCCAACACGCGAUGGUGGAUUCCGAUUAAUUUCGCGACUCGCUCCAAUCCGGAUUUCUCGUCAACUGUACCCACGGCCUGGUUGUCACAAAAAUUUGACGAGUUCGUAAUAACGAAUGAUACUGCACCGCAGGAUUGGGUCAUCGUGAACAUUCAACGUACAGGCUUCUAUUCCGUGAAUUAUGACGCGACAAACUGGUUGAAGAUCGCUGACUAUCUGGACUCGGAGAAUUAUUUGAAAGUGCACGCAUUGAAUCGUGCGCAAAUAAUUAGUGAUGCGAUGAACCUCAUGUUCGCAAACAAAUUGGAUCCCGAGAUUUUCAUGAACAUUACGAGGUAUCUGCGACGUGAGACGGACUACACAGUGUGGAAUCCGCUGUUCGUGAUUUUUGAGGAUGCGAUCAAGUUCUUCGCUUAUAAUAACGGGGGUGAAUUACUUAAACUCUACAUUCUAGAUUUAAUGACCAAUAUUGUAGAGAGCUUAAGCGUACAUGAUCGUCCCGAUGACAAUUAUUUUACAAAAAUAACGAGAUAUGAAGUUCUUGAGAGAGCAUGUGCAUGUGGUCAUCCUAUGUGCUUACGUGAGGCUCACGCACAGUUGAUCGCUUACUUGGAAAAUCCAACGGAGUUCGCAAAUAGUACUUCGUUCCAAAAGAAACAGUGGAUAUUCUGUAACGGUGUAAAGUUAGCAAACGAAAGUGUGUGGUACAAGCUAUUGUACAUGUACACGGAACACUCUGAACCGACAGCGAUAGACUGCCUCGGACACUCGAAGAACCUGACUAUCAUCGAGAAUUUCUUGAACAUGACCAUAUCCGAAGAUUUUCCAAUCCCGAAGCAAUAUGUUUAUCGUGUCUUCGGCUCUAUAUUAGCUGGCGAUUAUCCAAAUAUCGAAAUGGUGAUAGAUUUUACUACGAAUCACUGGGAUAAGUUAACUGCCAUUUACAGUCUUGAUGAUGCCACGGAUUUAUUACAUCAUAUUAGCUGGAGCGUUGUCUCUAAGAAACAAAUUCGAAAGAUAAAAACAUUAAUGGAGAAAUUUGACUUGGAAGCAGACGCCAUAACAGCUCGAGAACACAAUAUAGAUCUGCUGGAGACGAUAGUGAAUAAAAUUCGUCUAUGGCUAACACAUAGAAAUCCAUGUUUAUCUUCAGGUAACACACCGUGAUAGAUUCGUCAAGUGCAUCGACUGUGUGAACAAUAUGUAUUAGAAUUACAAAUAUUGUAAGUCUAUAAGAAAAGCAAUGGUGCAAAAAUAAAAACUACGAUUUCAAUAAUCAA